CUCGCGGGCACUCAAAAUUACGGCCGCCGACAGGGUGCUGCACUCCUAACCUGGUAUUCAGAGAUGGCUGAUAACUACAGUGGUUUACUUACUCAAACGUAUUUGCUUAAAGGCGCAUUUGGCCCUAUAAUUGAUUAUCUUCCAAAACUGGCAAAAAAUUUAAGAAGCCUGAAGGAGUCAUUAUGCCUUCUAUCUAAGACUGAUUCGUCGUCCAUCGUUUUACCGAACUCCAAAAGAGCAUCAACUGAAAUUGAAUUAAACACACUAAUCACUGGUAUGCUUGAAGACUCUUCUGUUAUCGGUCAACUGAUCCGUAAUUUCUAUUGUUCACAUCAAAACAGUGAUUUUGUUAAUUGUUUGAAGUCCAUUGUCAUUCAGGCGAGUAAGCCUACUCAGACCAUGAGUUGUGGCAUCAGGGAUAUUUUAAUCAGAAAACAAAUGGAUCAUGUGCGCGCUUUUCUCAGGAUUAAUUCAAACCGUACAUUGAAAGCUAGUAUAUCCCAAAAAUGCACAAUGCAAACACCUCAUUCAAGAGCCAAUUAUUUAAAGAGUCGUAUUAUGGAGUUGAAAUCCAGAAUAGAAGAUAAAAAAAUGUACCUUUCUGACGGUAAGGUGGAUACAGUAGAUCUCGAGAGCCUUUUGGCGGAUAAAAGAAAGUCAAUAUUACGGUUGCAUGAAGAGUCUGAAAAUCUGCUGUCUAAUUUACCUUCAUUAUGUGAAGAGGUGAAGCAUGCGAAGCAGGAAUUAUCGAAUCAGAUGAAUGAAACAGUCAAUAAAUGUCCAUCUGAUGAUUUAUUCAAAAGGAUACUUCAGAAAAUCACCAACAAUGGAAAAUGUUCUGGCAACAAAACCGUCGCCGAGAGAUUGUGUGCCAAUAGUUUAUACACAGGUUGUUGUCGUUUGUUUGCUUUGAGUGAACAUGAUGUCACGAGCCCAAAUAUACUACUGAAAUCUAUUCGAAAUCUGGUUCAUGAAUAUGCUUCAGCCCAACAAGAAUCCGAGUUCCUGGAUGAUAUGUUGAUGACUCUUAAAAGAAAUCGAAUUAAUUACAAUAAAGUUCGAGAGGAUGAUAAGAAAUCUCAAGCAAAGAGUUUGGAGAAUUAUGAUUCCGAUGUGAAAACACUUGAAGCUAUUGAUGAAACAAAAGAUAUUAUUUACUUCUUUGAAGAAUAUCUACUUCGUAGGUAACCUUUUCUUUUGAAAUAUAGAAAAUAUCCUCGCUGUUUUUACCACUAGAGGUCAAUAAUUAAUUCCUGAAGAAAAGGUAGAGACAUACGCCUGUAUUGUUAAUCAUAAUCAGACAACUGGCUACAUACGUGUUCUUCAUUGAGAAAAGAAAUUCCCACAUCACUUAUCGUAUAAUGUAAAUAUAAUAAAUUUUUCUUACUGUGUAUACCUGUUUAUCGCUUUCAUAUGUAUAUUAAUUGCCCAGUGUACUCGAAAUAAGCAUUUUACAGUUAGUUUGCUACGGAUUUGAGUUGAUUUUCAAGUUUAAAUUUAGCACCAAAGCAAGCCAGUACGGCAACAGCUUCGAAAAAGCCAUUGUUCACAAAACUACCUAUUAUGUAAUCAGACUAAACACUUGUUUAUUUCUUAAUAACUCUACAUUUUCUCCGAAAUUACGCAUUAUGCAAGCCACUGGUUGUAAUCAUUUCUAUCCCUUAAUUGUGUGUAUUAGUUUUCUGGGUUAAUUAUUACCCCUUAACGUGUUGAUGCUGACUAAAUAUUGUCAACAAAGAUAUCAGUGCGACUAGAUUGGUAAAGAUUUUUUGUAUUGUAUUAUAUGCUAUGUAUAUUAGAGUAGAUAUUGUUGAUUGGACACUGAUCAGUAAGUAGUGUGUUCAAUCAAAAAUAUUCAGUACAGUCUCCUACAGGAGGUGAAUUGUGAGCCUGAAUAGCUCAGUGGUAAGGUCUGUGACUGAGGCACUGAGUGACGCGGGUUCGAAACGCAAGAGGGACAUGAGUUCCUUCGAGGUUGCAGAUGCAUACUGAUGAUGCACGAAACCUGGGUCCCGGCAAAGCUUCCUCC